UCACUGAGGGGUGCGUGAUCCGAAAAGAGAAAAUCUUUUGCCGUUCUCCGUGUCGAAAAAACCGUGUCUCGGUGUCACAGAAAGGCGUACCAGCAGCAGCAACAGCACCGCCCGUGGAAGUCUCUGCAUCCGGGAUAGGAAUCACUCCGCGAAAUCGACCGCCACCCGUGGAAAUCCCUGCCGUCGCUACGCGAUUUCCCGUGAGUCACCCGUAACUCGGUUUCGACCACGAGCCAAAUUUCCCAGCCAUCCCCGUGCAGCAGCGCCGCGUUCGGUCAAAAUCUGCGACCGCAGGCACCUGCUCCUGUCCUCCCCGCAAUCCGUCGUGUGCUCCGUCGUGUGUGCCACCAUCUCUUUACCGUCUUGUGCAACGAGUCUGUUGGAGUGUGUCUGAGGGAAGAAGAAGCUUAGUAAGUGCCACCCUUCCCCCAGGAAUCGUGAGUGCGUCCGUGCGUGCGUGCGUGCGUGCGUCUGUGCUGCGAAAGGCCAAAAGCGAUUAAAAAAAAGUGUGUGCGUGUGCGUGCGUACGGUCUACUUUGUCAACUCAUCGGCAGUCUCGCCUCCUCCGCAUCGUUCCGCUGGAAGUGCCACCGUCUCCAACGACGACGACGACGACGACGAUCCUUUUACCGUCGCCACCAGCACGCCAGCAACCAAGCAGAGCCUCUAUGCAACGCCAUCGUCGUAGCAGCCAUCGAAACAGAGUCGGUUGGUGGUAAUCGCGAAGAAGCUCCAUCGGAAAGUCGGUCCGUUGGUCACAGUUUUCAUCCCGUGUGCGCCGCGGCUCCUUUGUUCCGCGGUGAGUGCGACCGCGUCGUGUGUGCAUCACGGGAAAGCAUCUCCCUCAUCAAGCGGAGUGUAUUGUGGAAAGAAAGAGGUCCGCUGUGUUGUGCAGUGGCGCGAUAGCCCAGUCAGUGUGUGUCUGGUGAAAGUGUGGAGCGAAAAAAAAUAUUGCGAAAUCCAGUCCGUUGUCCCGUCGGUCCCGGUUCCGGUCAUCAUCAGCAGCAGCAGCAGCAGCAGGAGCAGUUCGAGACCACCUCCUACGGGUGGGCACUAAACAGAAAAGCUCGGUUGGUGUAGUAGGACGGACGAGGCUGUCGUACGCCGACGGUGGUGGUGUCUUUUUCCACGAAAACUCGCACGGUUCCAUCCCGUUGUAAUCGCUAAUUCAAUGUGUAUGGCUUUAGUGCUGGUGCGGCUCGUUCCAACCUCUAUGGAGUUUCGGCUAGACAGCGCAGAAUACUGCCAGGCACAACACAAAUAAGCGAAUCGCUGCACCCGGGCACUACCUCUGCCAUCAUCAUCUCGCUUACUCAACCCACACACCCUGUGCUGCUUCUCACCGUGUGUGAGCUUCCACCGGCGAGGGUUGCGAGGAAUUGCGAGUGCAGAAAGCGCAAAGCGUGUGGAUCGUGGGAGCGCAGGAAGCAAAGGCAGCAGCCGUGUAGCAGCGUGUUUGAGCGACGAGAGUUGCCGCAGAGAGUGUCCCGCAAGAUUGCGGCAGAGUAGUCAACCCGCCCCCCCUCCCCCCCAAAUUCACCAUUGCCCCUUCGUAGCGAUCGUUAAGAUCAGCCCCCGGCGAGUGUGCUUUCGAAUGAGAAGCCCCGAGCUCUGGCGCAUAUAUUGGAGAAGAAAGUGCUGUAUGUAGAGAGAGCGAGAGAGCGAGAAAGAGAAAGCGAGAGUGAGAGUGGAAGGGAGUGCAGCAGAAGACGGGGGAGGACAUGCGAAUGCUUUUGCCGUAGCCCGAUCAUCAAGUAGCAGCAAAAGCAUCGGCAGCACCACCACCGUGGUCGUUGUCGUUAUCGUCGUUAGCAUCAUCAUCAGGCGUUGUCAUCCUAGUCGCGCAUCCGGGUGGAGUAGACGAAAGGAAGCAGUGAUCAUCGAAGCGUAAAUCCAUUCUUCAGUCGUAAUUGCAAUCGCCGCCUCGCACCCACCCCCACAGAUCCAUUUGCAGAAGAACUGCUUUUGGCGGUGCAGCUAAUAACAAUUCAUCGAUAGCAUUGCUAGCUGUGAAGAAAAGCACUGAAACCAAUUUGCCUAGCAAAAAGAGAUCUUCCUAUAGAAACCUGGCCUGACCUGAAGAGGCCUGACUUAUCGCCACUUUCAUCAUCGCCACUUACGCGAUCUAUCACUCCGUUCUGAAGCGAUCCGUGUCCGACAUUGAAACAACACGCACGACACGACACACAACCCUCUCGACAGCUGAGCUUUAAUAAUCCCAUCGUUCGUACACUUUGUGCGCUGUGGCCUUUCGUUUCGUUUCGUUCGGAUCGCCAUACGGCAAGUGUGUUUGUAGACCCGUGUACUCUUCGACAAUUGCAAGUUGAACUCGGCGGCAGAAAAUUGAGACUGAUUGUAAAAUAGAUCUAUUUAAAAUAAUAUACAGAGGCAAAAAGAAACCAUCAUACACGGUGCAACAGUGUCCUGAGAUAAUCAAGCGUGUCCCGAGCGUCGUCUGACGCUAAGACGUGCCGGUGUCUUGGCGAGCACGGAUCUUACGAGACACGCAUUAUUGGAAACGUAAUCUCCGUUUGGGGGCCGUGAAAGGAGAAGCAACUCACAGCAACAAAUCGUUCCACCGAAUUUUCGAUCAACAUAGCAGAGGGAAUAGAUUUGAGUGUAGAGCAUAUUCGUAUCAACACCUGGUCGGAGGCCCUGUAGGACUGGAUUUCUGCAGGAUUUAAUCGCUGCUUGGAACGUGAAAAUACAUUUUUAGAUGAGUGUUUCGUCCUUUACGGUGUAGAGAUAAAAGAUAAAUCUAGCUGUUUUUAUUGUCAUCAACGAGAAAACUGAAAAAGAAAACUACAUUAACAGCCUAGUGCCGUGAUAGCACCACUUCUAAGAUCACCAUUAGGCUUUCUCACAACCAUCAAUAUAGUUUAGUUUAAAAAAAGGGCGUGCGUUUUAAACAAGUUACGCAAACGGAGGUGGCGAAAAGCUUUUCCACACUCUCGACAGCAUUGUAGACAGACGUGUUGAGAGUCUGCUUUAUUAUUGUUGAAUAUUUUAAUACGAACAUUGAGCAAAAUUGAGCUACACGGCGAAUAAGAAAACACAAAUUGCGUGGCAAAGGAGAAGAAAUUGUGAAAAAAAAAUCGUCAUAACUGUAUUGGAUUAAAGCGUAUCGAGCAACGGAUAAGGGAUAACAGCUUGCUUCGGCUGCACGAUCGUCUCUUCCCUAUCUACUUCGACGCUGAGAUUUGAGUUGGAGUGAAAAGGAUUGCUAUUGUUUGGAUCAACCCGACCAAACGUACUAAGCGCCGACAAACAACAGAAAACUAUCUUUUUCCAUAUAAUCGUUCGUCUUUCGGAGCACUAUAACAGUGCCGGUACAUUGGUUGGUUGUUUUGUGAUAUAACUGUUUGGAAGAUUUCUGUAAAACGUGAGAAAAGUCAGCCCCAUUGUGCGCACGGUGGUGGUAUCUUGUGUGAUAAGGCCGCAUCCAUACAGCAACGACUCGUUGCGAGCCAGUAAAAAGGAAUUCAAAUUUGACUGAUCGAGAGAAAAGCAAACCUGCUGCUUCUAUUCGUGCGCGUCCAGUCAGCUGUUAGCAAGGGGUCGCGAAGACAUUCUUCCGAUCCGCCGGCGGCGAUAGUCGAUAGACUUUUUGGUUUUUUGAAACUUGUGAAGGAUUUUUAUGACAACCCUCAUCAUGCGUCAAAAAGAUAUCCGACCAGCUCCGGCUAGGAUAGAGUUUAAGGGAAUGAAAUUCCUGAUAACCGAUCGCCCGUCGGAUCUGAGCAUAGUCCCGUACAUUACUGAAUUGAAGAAACACAAUGUCUCGGUCGUUGUGCGGGUUUGCGAGCCCAGCUAUAAGAUUGAGGAACUGGCAAAACAUGGCAUCAUCGUGCGAGAUCUAGCGUUCGAAGAUGGCACCUUCCCGCCGAACGAGAUCGUUAUGGAAUGGUUCGAAAUUCUAAAGCAGAACUUUCUGUACAGGUUCCAGGAAGACCCGGAGGCGUGCGUAGCAGUUCACUGUGUAGCAGGUCUCGGCCGAGCACCGGUUUUGGUGGCGCUAGCAUUGAUUGAGUUAGGACUUAAGUACGAGGCAGCUGUAGAAUUGAUAAGAGACAAACGAAGGGGUGCUAUUAAUGCCAAACAACUAUCAUACCUAGAAAAGUAUAAGCCCAAGUCACGGUUAAAGCACAAAAAUGGUCAUAAAAAUUCGUGCUGCGUGCAAUAAAACUAUCAAAAUUCCCACCAGUUAAAGUGUUCAUUUUAAGCAAGAGACAACUAAUGGAAACAACAUUUAUAACCAAGAAUUGAGUUAUCAACGGCAAUAGAUCGAUAGCGAAUAGCACGACAGCAGCAUUCGAGCGUACGCUCGAUGCAAUGAUCGGUUCGAGUGAUCGGUCCUAAAGGAUAUCAAAUUUGAUCGAAGAAAACCGUCGGAGCAGCGACCCCUUCCCGUCCCACAGUUGCCACGAAUGGGUGCGGAUACAUGAGCACAUGAUGUGUUCCACAAGCGUAAUUGCAGAUAGGGAUAUUUCCUCAGUUUUAAUGAUGGAUCAUUGAGCCCUGGAACACUAGGAAAGAUGCACCGUAGAUAUCAAAACGAUCGGUCUGUGUCGGUGUCGGAGUUUUAUUUUACAAAUGUUCUCUACGAGUUUUAUUGUAUUUAUGUACUACGUAUUGGAUCAAGCUUUAUUUAAUUUUUUAAUAAGUUCAAGGCUAUUAAGAAGAAGAAAAGAAGAGCAAACUGAAAAUGGUGGUUUGAUUAACGAGCACAUUCCGUCGCUUUACUUCGAUCAUCUUUGUGACCGUUUGGAACCGUUCUGAGCAAAGAGCAAUAGUUCACAAUGCUAUGCGAAUAUGCGUACAAUAAGCAAAUAACAAGAAACCAUUACAAACUAGAGCCAGGCAACGGAGCGAUCUACAUCGUUCAAUCCCUCCCGUAACUUACCGUGCCGGGCUUGUUGCGUACCGACUUGGCGCAACGAAGCGAUUUCGGCUACAGGUGAGCAAGAUUAUUCUUAUUUAUGGCCAAUUAAAUGUUCACUAGCAAGACGAUUGUGUAGCACUAUGUAACAAGCAAACAUUUGAAGCAGCUUUAAUGGGCUUAACUUGAUCAUAGUUCGUGUCAAAUCAAUGCUCUUCGGUUCCACUUUUAGCCUGUGCUUGGCCGUAGGAGGUACUUCGUGAUAUUCUUCUCGCUAAAGUAAACAAAUAGUACAUUGCCGCAGGUUUAUCUUACAUUGACCUUAUGCUAGGUAUUCCUUCUUAAGUAUGCUAUCGAGUUACAGAAUAAAGCGAUCAUUGCUUUGAUUAACAUCCUUCACAAUCACAAUACCAAACGAUGUGACACGAUUUACCUAGGAACGAGCUGUUUGCGUGAAUCAGAUUCCAAAGUCGUCACAGGCGUUUGCAGCAAGCUCUUUUCCCUCUUACCCAAAACAGAAUGGCUGGACGAACGAAUCGAUACUAAUUACCGUGAACGCAGAAUGAAGGUCUAAAAAGGUCUGCCUUUGCGCUUAACCCAGUGCUUAGCCUAGUACAUCAGCAAUAAAACCAAACACACAUGUCA